AUGGAAUUCGAGCACGACAGGAGGAUCACUGUCUAUCCUGCUUACAUAGACUGCAAGAAGAAGCUGGACGAGGGAAGGCGGGUCCCUAAAGACAAAGGUUGUGAAAAUCCCACUGCCCAGGAGAUCCAUGAUGUCUGCAAAUUCUUGAAGCUCCCAUCAGAAUUGGAGGUCAACAAACGCUAUUCACGGGACUGGAUGGUGCGUGGUCGGGUGAAGGUGGAGCUCAAGAACAGCAGUGGUGCACCCACUGUCCCAGAAAUACCAUCGAGGAAAGCGCUGUUUCUCAGGCUGGCAGAGCUGGUGCCCAAGCACCCCGGCCGCCACAAGGCGGCCCAGCAAGGUCAGGGGCAGUCAGACAAGCAGAAGGGGGGAAAGAAGGGGAAGAAGGGGAAGGGAAAGUGA